ACUCACUCAUCCGUUUAUAAGAGAAGCCAUUGCCAAGGGCAAGUGAAAUCCCUUUGUAAUUCUACGUAGGUGAAACAUGAAUAAUCUGCCCAGUGGACAAGCUGCCGAAGCCAAACCAUCCGAGGCAGGCGCCAGACGAGAUGAACGGCAUGAAAAUCAGCCCCCAACGAUUCCUGGUAAUCAGAACUCGCCGUCUGCUUCAACACCGGACGUAGGCGCCAGAGGAGGUGCAGGACAUCUUGGUGAUCAGAACCCGUCCGCGACUAUUAUAGCUAGGACUCCGGGCCCGGGGGCUGUUUUCGCAGGGCAGGAACCAUUUGGAGCGGGCGCCAGAGGAGGUGCAGGACAUCUUGUUGAUCAGAACCCGUCUGCGACUAUUAUAGCUAGGACUCCGGGCCCGAGGGCGGUUUUCGUAGGGCAGGAACCAUCCGGAGUAGGCGCCAGAGGAGGUGCAGGACAUCUUGGUGAUCAGAACCCGUCCGUGACUAUUAUAGCUAGGACUCCAGGCCCGAGGGCUGUUUUCGCAGGGCAAGAACCAUCCGGAGCAGGCGCCAGAGGAGGUGCAAGACAUCUUGGUGAUCAGAACCUGUCCGCAACUAUUAUAGCUAGGACUCCGGGCCCGGAGGCUGUUUUCGCAGGGCAGGAACCAUCUGGAGCAGGCGUCAGAGGAGGUGUAAGACAUCUUGGUGAUCAGAACCCGUCUGCGACUAUUAUAGCUAGGACUCCGAGCCCGAGGCCUGUUUUCGCAGGGCAGGAACCAUCCGAAGCAGGCGCCAGAGGAGGUGCAGGACAUCUUGGUGAUCAGAACCCAUCUGCAACUAUUAUAGCUAGGACUCCGGGCCCAGGGGCUAUUUUCACAGGGCAAGAACCAUCCAGAGUAAGGGCUAGUGGAGGUGCAAGACAUCCUGGUAAUCAGAACCCGCCGUCUGCUUAAAAAAAAAAUCCACAAUUAAAUGUAAGAAAUAGCGACUAUUGGAGAUUCAAUAAUGAGCAUGCCUUCUCCUCAGGAUAUCUUUCCUCCCAGGAAGAAGUAGUACCCUAGUGAUCGUUCGGGUUAGUGACCCGAACACCAUCAAGGUGCUGUUGUAUGCGAAUUUACUAUAUUUUUAAGUUGGUCAUUUUUAUUAUUUACUUGUUGUAAGUCCGUGGGGAUUUCUUAACUUCCAUUAAGUCUUGUUCGAGGCCAUGGAUCCUCUUGGUUCAUAUAUAUAUAUAUAUAUAGAGAGAGAGAGAGAGAGAGAGAGAGAGAGAGAGAGAGAGAGAGAGAGAGAGCUCUACCACCUCUGGUUGAAGAUGGCGCUUCACCAAGAAGCUAUGGUUCUCAUUAUGUUUCGUUGUUUGUUGAUUAUGUUAGCUGCAAUGCAUG